AAAUAUAGCUAGUCGUCGAUGAACAGUUGAAUUAAUAACACUGCCAUCUUUUAUCGAUUCUUCAAAGUAAAUCAUUCUGAAAAAAUGAUAGAUUUUCUUCUCUUAGUGAAUAAACAGGGACAAUUGCGACUAGAGAAGCAGUUCAGUUACAAGGAUAAUACUACCAAAUCUUCUCUUAUAUCGAAUGUGGUGAGAGAGAGUCUUACGAGGGGCGAAAAACAGUGUUCAUUCUUCUCAGAGAAAGGAGGGACAAAGGUUGUUUACAAGAAAUAUGGUGCACUGUGCUUCAUCUUAGGAGUGAGUGAGGAUGAGAAUGAAUUAGCUAUCCUGGAGUUCAUCCACUGUAUCGUAGAGACUUUGGACCAGUACUUUCAAAGAGUGUUUCCACGUCUGUUGCUGUGCAUCUGA